AUGGCGACGAUCAUUUAUGUUUAUGCCGUUUAUCGAGAUCCCAUGUGGAUUACGUUCAUAUUAGCUUCGUUUCUCUGUAUUGUCGUUGUUCUCGCCGCGAUCGUCAUCUGCACCGAACGCCCGAUAUUUAUGCAAAUUUAUGCAGUAAUAUACAUUAUCGAUGUCACCGUAUCCCUUGUCGGCUCAAUUGUAUUUGUCGUCCUGCUAGUGCUCGCAAAUUUCGAAAUCGAAAAAGAUAUCCAAAAAAUGGCAGCCCACGACCAGGAAGUGUUCCGUUAUGCCAAGAAUUCGGCUUAUAUCACCUGGUCAUGUAGCCUGGGUUUUGUUUUGCUGUCGAUUUUCUGGAAGGCUACCCUUGUGCGGUCGUACUACAACUACAUACGAGAUCGUCAACUCUCACUCGAACACUACGGACCGCCGAGGGCUGUCGUCGUCGGGCCGAUUAUCCAGGUGCUGAUCAUUUGGAUGAUGGCAAUUUUGGCCAUCGUGAUCAUAUCCACCGAAAAACCAGCAUUUAUUCAGACCUAUAUCAUUAUCUAUCUGGGUCAAUGCGUCGUCUCGAUUGUUGGCCUUAUCGUCGCCAUCAUCCUGGCUUCGGUCGCGAGUUCGCUCAUGGACGAGGCGAUUAAACAAAUGGGAGGCAAAGACCAGAGGAGUCAGGCAACGCUACAGGCCGCCAAAAGUGCUGCCUAUAUGGUCAUCGCCGUCACGCUUGUUCUCAUCAUCGUUUCGAUCGUCUGGAAGGGUACACUACUGCGCAGCUAUUAUCGCUAUAUUCGCGAUCGCCAGCUCUCCAUUGAACAUUUUGGAGCUGCUCCCGUAUCAUCAGCU